AUGUUCAGUAGAGAGUAUAAAGAUGAUGAAGACGAUGAAAUGGAUCAACAACAAGAUGGUGAAAAUGGUGUAGAUAUAAGUUCUGAUGAUGAUGAUAAUGAUUCUUCAGAUGACUCUGAUGAUGAUGAUGAUGAUGACUCUGAUGAUGAUUCAAAUACAGUUUCAAGUGAAGCAAUUGAACAUUUGGAAAUAAAGGUUAGAGAGAAUCCAUAUUCAUUUGAAAAACAUUUGGAAUAUAUAAAUUCAUUGCGUAAAGUUAAACAUGUCGAUAAAGAGAGAUUGAGAUUGGCAAGAAAGUCAUGUCAGUCAGUAUUCCCAUUGCCAGAGAGUGUAUGGUUACCUUGGUUGGAAGACGAAAAGAAUCAAAACGAUCUUGAUUAUCAACAGAUGAUCGAUCUAUUUGAAUUGGCCAUCAAGGAUUUCUUAUCGGUUAGAAUUUGGAUUAAAUAUUGUCAAUACAUUCAAGAGGUGAAUGCACCCAAUUUAAUGUCUACAAAGGAUAUCAAGCAGAGUGAUACACAGCAGUUCAAGACUAUUAGAACGAUCUAUGAGAGAGCUAUCACUUUUUGUGUCGAUCACAUUGUUGAAUCACCAUUGUUGUGGGCACAAUACAGAAUAUUCGAGAUGAACGUUCAGAGUGGAGUCGAUCGAUCACUCCAAGCUGAAUAUCAAUCACAGAUCACCAGAAUCAGACAGAUCUAUCACAAUCAAUUGGCAUGUCCACAAAUAGAUUUAGAGGAAUUGUAUACAAGUUAUUUAGAUUGGGAGAAUGCAUUAAACGAUGACAACAACAAUAGUAGUAGUAGCAAUGAUUAUAAACCAGAUAGUGAUAUAACACUUCAAACCAGAUAUAAAACAGCUCUAAAACAAAUGGAAGAACAUCAAGCGUUCGAAGAGAAACUAACUGGCACCGGUGGUGAUACCGUUGCCAAUUGGCUAGAGUAUGUUCGAUUCGAACAAAAGAAGAAACCGAUGAGAGCUUUGGUGUUGUUUGAACGUGCCAUCUCGAGACAUGCCGAUAGUUGGCAGCUGUGGAGCGAGUAUCUUCAGUAUGAAGAUAGCAAUCGGUUGGUCGAUGACAAUCGUUUGUUUGCAACCUACGAUCGAGCACUUCGAAACAUCUACUGGAGUGGUGACCUCUGGGUACAUUACCUACAGUCGUUGGAGAGUCACUCCAAAGCGAUCGAAAUGUUGGAACAGGUAUUCGAGAGAGCAUUAAUAGCUGGACUGGCAACUAUCAACGACUUUAAAUUGAUAUUCAACGCGAGAUUCGAUUAUCUCUGGAGACACUACAGAUCAACCGUAAAAGAAACAUCAACCAUUCAACUAUUAAGACAACAUUUCCAAAGAUAUUAUGAUUAUUUUAUACAAUUUAAUUCAACAGAAGUAACAAUGGUAAUAAGUGAAUUAUUAUUAUUCUGGGCAAAGUUUGAAUAUAGACAAUUUAAAUCGAUAGAGGAAUCGAGAAAACAAUUUGAUUUGUUGCUCAGUUUCAAUAAGCAGUAUUAUAUAUGUACAGAGUAUAUUGAUAUCGAGUUGGAAUGUGCUGGUUUCGAAAAGUGUAGAACGAUCUAUGGUGAAGCUGCACAUGCCGAAGAUACCACUGCUCAGGUAUUCCAAGAUUGGAUAGAUUUCGAACGUUUGUAUGGUGAUUUGAAACAACAGCAACAUGCACUCUCUAGCUACCAAAAGUGGUGGGCCAAACAAGAAAAGGUAAUCGCAGAGAAUAUGGCACGUGAACAGAAACGUAUGGAAGAUGCAGAGAGAAAGAGAAAGUUGACUGAUGAAAGAUCAAAUAGUAAUAAUGAUAGAAAGAGACAAAAAGGUGAAAAAGGAACAAAGAAUAAUAGGAAUAGUGAUAAGAAUAAUAAUAAUAAUAAUAAUAAUAAUGGUAAACCACCAAGAGAAGAAAGAAAACCAAAGAUUGAUUUAAAGAAAGUUUUAUUUGUUUCCAAUAUAUCGUUUGCAACCACUGUCGAGCAAUUGAUAGAGUUGUUCAAACCGUUUGGUGAGUUGGAUCUUACAGAGAUUGUUACCGAUAGGAAAGGACGUUCCAAAGGUAUUGCUUUCGUCGAGUACAAGCUGGGUGAGAGUGCAGCCAAAGCACUGGAACAAGUCAAUGGUCUCGAACUCCAGGGAUUCAAACUAAAGGUCGAUUACUCCACCAAGAGACAUCAACAACGUCGUCAAGAAGAGAAACAACAGUUGGAAGCUGCUGGCGGUAUCACACCAAUGGAUACGACAACCGGUGGUGCCGGUGCCGAAACCGAAGAAGGCAAGGAAAUUAACUAUGCCAACACCGAGGGUAAAACACUGUUUAUCAACAAUUUGGCCAAGACUGUUACCAAAGAGAAGAUGGAAGAGUUCUUCACUGGCAAAGGAUUCGAAUGGACAGAGAUCAGAUUGAUAUCGAAAGCCGGUGGUAGACCGUUUGCCUACAUGGAUUUACCGGAUCAAGAGAACGUAGAGAAAGCACUCAAGAUGAAUCAAAAAUACUUUAUGGGCAAGAUAUUGAAUGUCGCUCGAUCGAAACCACCCGGUGGUGGCAAAGCGCCAAUACCAGCCGGUCAAGUAACAAAACCAACUGCCUCAGCAGCAAAUAUUCCUACAAGAAGACCAACUUUAUUAAUUCCAAGAGGAUUAACUAAAAAGACAAAUCAAUAA